AUGCUGCAGGUCAACCUGAGUCUGGUGCCGCGCAACAUCUGUCCCUGCAUUUUCUCCUCUCCUUGUGCUUCCCUCAAACCCCCCCCCCCCGCCUCGCCUCACCCCAUGCAGGUCAACCUGGGUCUGGUGCCGCGCAACAUCGACGUGCAUGCCAUCGCAGGCCUCAUCAAGGUACGCCCCUCUCUCCCUCCCCUCUCCUCCCCUCCCCUUCUCUCCGUCAUCUUUUUCCUUUCCCCUCUUCUCCCUCACUCCCUUGCCUCCCCUCCUCUCCCUCCUCUCCUUCCGCUCCCCUCUUUUCCCUCUUCCCCAUCUUCCCCUUCCUCUCCCCCUUCUCCCGCUUCUCCCACCCAUCUUUCCCUCCUCUCCCUCUUCUCUCUCCUCUCCCUCCUCUCUCCCCUCUUCCGUCCCCUCCCUACCUCCUCCCCUCCUUUCCCUCCGCAUUGCUGUGCCUCUCCCAUUGCUGCGUGGUUCCGCGAGUUACCAGAGGGCCUACUGGACCGCUUGAAGCCAGAGAAGGUAGCGGCAGCAGAGAGGGAGGAGCAGAUGCUGGCGCUCGCGUGGUUUAGGGAGUUACCAGAGGGUCUACUGGACCGCUUGAAGCCAGAGAAGGUGGCAGCAGCGGAGAGGGAGGAGCAGAUGCUGGCACUCGUGGCCACACUGCCCGCCCUGCAGGCUGGCAUGCUGGACUGGGCCGUGGGGCUCAUGGCGGACGUGGUGCAGCACGAGGCGAGCAACAAGAUGAACGCGCAUAACAUCGCUGUGGUGUUCGCUCCAAAUAUGACGCAGAUCGUGGACCCGCUAAUCGGCUUCCAGCACGUCAUCAAGCUCAUGGACCUCCUCAGAGCGCUCGUGCAACGCAAGCUCAAGCAGCGCCUUGACAACCCCCCUCCGCCCGCCGCUCCUCUCACGGACCAACCAGCACAGGACGGGGCAGAGAGAGGGGAGAGGGAGGAGGAAGGGGAGGAGGAGGAGGAGGAGGGACAGGAGCGUCACGGUUCAGGCAGCUAUGGUGGCUUUCUGGGGAAUGGUGUGCAUGAAGAGAGCACAGGUCAUGAGGAGAGCACAGGUCAUGAGGAGAGCACAGGUCAUGAGGAGGAAAGGGAGGAAGAUGAUGAGAGGGGGGGAGAACCGUUAUUGGAUGAGUGCACAACACCUCUGGCAGGAGAUGACCCUCACACGCCCAUUGCCAGACCUCUUGUUCCCGAACCUCUCCUUGCCGAGCCUCUCAUUCCCGGACCUCAUGGCGAGCGUCCGAGUGAGGAGGUACAGGGGUCAACUUGGAUCGUUGAUAAUAGGCUUGAGGGGGACAGUGCAUGUGAUCGGCAAGAGGGGAGCAGCGGCAGCGAGGGGGAGGCAGUGGUGUGUCAUGGGUGGGACAUGAUGCCAGCUGUAACGGGCAAUUCGCUUCCGGUUUCAACCAGUGCUGGCGAUUCCGCACACCAACGGCAGCAGCAGCAGCAGCAGCAGCCGUUUAAGCCGGCGUGGAAGCAGCGCGGUGCAGAGCGGUGCAGCACAUUGAGCAUGGAGUGCGGGCUGAGCAUGGAUGGCAGCAGCAUGUUCAGUCCACACGGGGGCAUGCUGAGUCCGUGUGAGAGCAUAGACAGCCCGGGGGGGGUCCUUGCCACGCCCGUGGGUCUCACAGGGGCAGCUGCAGCUGCAGCUGCUGCUGCUUCUGACCCUGCCUUGUUCCUGAGGUUCCGCAGCGAUUCGCGGGAACAGCAGCAGGGGCUUCUCACUCAGGCGCCUCAGCAGGCGAUCCUGCCUGCUGCGCCCCCCGUUGGAGGGACUGUUGGCCUCUACGCACGGGCGCAUGCAGCUGCUGCUGCUGCUGCUGCUGCUGCUUCUUCCCCUGCUUCCUCCCCUGCUGCUGCGCUUGGGUUGGCAUCCUCCUCAGCAGCAGGCAGUGCAGCCUCCUCUCCCACGGUAGCAAGCCCUGCACUGAGCCCUGCGGCCUUCUCUCCCACUACCGGCACCCCCAGCUCGGCAGGAGAGAGGCGGCACGGGGGGCACAAGGGAGGGUUCAAGGGCGACCUGUGGUCCAGACGAAAAGGGCCUGCAGUGCCCCACUCCCGCCUCUCCCUCCCUGCUGCCUCCUCCCCCUCUGCUGCUGCUGCUGCUGCUGCUGCUGCUUGUGCCCACAAUGGUGCUUACCCGGCUAAUGCCAGUGCCUCUCGCACUGCCAGCAACAGCAGUGCUGGCAGCGAUGCUGCUGCUAGAGUUGCCACCAGCAGCAGCGGUGACCUGACACCCACCCCUCCCGCCAGCACUGGUGGCUUCACACCCACCCAUCCCCUCACACCCACGCCUCCCUUAACUCCCACGCCUCCCUCCCGUCCGCUCAAGGACCCCUCCGCCCACUCCCCAUCCCCCCUUCGCUCCCCUCUGCUGGGACGGAGACGAGGGUACAAAGAGAAGAAGCACUCUCCGGGCACGCCCCCUUCAGAGGCCGCUCAGAACCCUGCUGUGACUCCUCGCUCGUUCCUCUCCCGGCAGUUCCCAGGAGGGUCGGGCUUUGGUGCGGUCCCAGGCACGCCUCCCCCUCACUCGCCCCGCCUAUUCCCCCUGUCGCCGCGGAACUUCUUUAGAAAGCACAAGUCGGAGGGGGGCGUGGAGAGGAGAGACGGGGUAGAGCGGGACGAGGGGAGAGAAGGUGGAGAAGGGAGAGAAGCGAGAGAAGGGAGAGAAGGGGGAGAGGGGCAUGAGCAUCACUUGCAACACUCUAGGCUGAUGGUGGUGGGUGAAAGUUCAGACAACCACGUGGGGGAAUCAGGAGGCAUUCCAGGUUCAGAGCACACUGAAGCAGGGGCGUUUCCAGAGACAGGUGGUGGGGUUGGUGGAGACAGGGAGGGAGGGGUUUGUGCUGUUUCUCAAGUCAGUUCUGUUCCUCAAGUCGGUUCUGUUCCUCAAGUCGGUUCUGAUUCUCAAGUCGGUUCUGUUCCUCAAGUCGGUUCUGUUCCCCAAGCUGGUUCUGCCCCUCGGUUGCCAAUUACCUGGUCUGACACGCAGUGUGCUUUUGAGAGCUCUCCACACCAAUCUCCCCUGGGGUAUGAGCAGCAGCAUCAGGUGCAGUGGGGUGACAGCAGCACGGGAAAUGUGGGAGAGCAUGCGGGGGAAGCGGGGGGGACAAGAGGAACAGGAUGGGCGGCAGUAGAAGCAGCAGCGGCAACAGCAACUGGAGGGCGGCCAAAGUCGAGUGGGGGUUGGAGAAGAGGGUGGUCUGGGCCUCAUGGGGUGGCAGGGGUGGGCAUGGGCGAUAUGUUUGGGGCCAAGUCCCCCCGCGCUCUCCUCUCCCCGCACUCUCUCCUCUCCCCCCGCGGCUUCCUUUCCCCUGGUGGUUUCCGCUCCCCCCACCCGUCCGGACACGGAGAGAGGGCGGAUGGGGGAAACAGGGGGGGUGAGGGGGACAGGGCAUAUGGGGAAGGCAGUGUGAAAACGCCAGGAAGGGGAGAGGGGGCAGGCAGGGGAGAGGGGGCAGGCAGGGGAGAGGGGGCAGGCAGGGGAGAGGGGGCAGGCAGGGGAGAGGGGGCAGGCAGGGGAGAGGGGGCAGGCAGGGGAGAGGGGGCAGGCAUGGCGGAUUUCUUACCCAGCGAAGAGGAGAAAGGAGGGAGAGAGGAGGGAAGAGAGGAGGACGGGGAGGAGCGGCGAUUCCCAGCCGAACAGGCGUCUCUCGACUUGCCUGUCAAAUCACCAAGGGCAUUUCGGAAACUAACCCGGAGGUCGAGUGGGUUUCAGCUGCCGACGCGGGCAGCAGUAGCAGCAGCCAUGACCCUCCCCUCGUCCCUCUCCAUGAAAGAGCGGCGCUCCGAAUCAUCAGCAGCACCAGCCAUUUUCUCCCUCCCUCCCUCUGCUUCUCUCUCCUCUGCCUCCCCUUCCUCGGCAAAGCCUCCGUGGGGCUCCGGGUCGAUGCAGGAACGGCCUCUGCACCUGCAGCAGCAGCAGCAGCAGCGCCUGGCGCAGGCUCGGCAGCAGGAGGUUCGGCAGCCGGAGGCUCGGCAACUGGAGGCUCGGCAACUGGAGGCUCAGCAGUCGGGCGUCUCCCAGGCUCCGCUGGAGGGUCGGUUGCGGCAGGUCCGGAAGGGGAAGGUGCAGCUUCCUCGGGCUAUUUCAGCGGAUCAGUAUCAGCAACACGAUGGGAGGGAGUUCUUCCAGGAACAGCUAUCGCUGCAGCAACAGCACCUUCAGCAGCAGCAGCAGCAGCAGCAGCAGCAGCAGCAGCAGCAGCAGCAGCAGCAGCGAGCUCCUCUAGAGAAGGCAAGCAGUGCGAGUGCAGCUCUGGCAGCGUGGGCCAAGCGGUCAAAGCAAGGGGGGCAGAGGCAGGGGCAGGCACGCAGAGAGGGGCAGAGCUUGGGGGAAACUCUGGAGCAGGAGGAGGAGGGGAAGGAGCAGGAGGAGGAGGGGAAGGAGGAGGAGGAGGAGGAGGAGGAGGAGGAGGAGGAGGAGGAGGAGGAGGAGGAGGAGGAGGAGGAGGAGGAGGAGGAGGAGGAGGAGGAGGAGGAGGAGGAGGAGGAGGAGGAGGGGUGGGGAAGGUGA